GGCAAAAAACAAAAAAAAGAAAAUGUUUAGCAGAGGGGAUUUGAUCGAAGUGUGCAGCAAGGAAACUGGGUUCGUGGGCUCUUACUAUGCAGCCACGGUGGUAUCUCAGUUGAGAAAAGACUUGUUCGUGGUGCAGUACAAGGAUCUCGUAGAAGGGGUUAUCAACAUGCAACCUUUGGUGGAGACUGUCCGACUCAACGAACUCCGACCGGUGCCACCCCAGAUUGAUAGUAACGAUGAUGAGUUUGGGUAUCUUGACCAGGUCGAUGCCUUCGACAACGAUGGUUGGUGGGUGGGAAGGGUUUAUGGGAGAACAGACGACGAUAAUUACGUUGUCUACUUCGAAACCACCGGCGAUGAGAUUGCUUAUUCUCGUUCUCGCUUGAGGGUUCAUCUUGAUUGGGUCAAGGGAAAGUGGGUUUCUUGCAACAAUAACAAGGUUGAUUACAGGGAAGGCCGCGAUCCGCGGAGCGUGGACGAGAAUCGGAAGGGAACAAACGCCGGAGAUUGA